AUGGAGACGACAUCCCAGUGGUUUCUUACGUUUGUUAAGAUAUUCCUUCAGUUCAUUUUUCUUUUAUUCAAUAGUAGCUAUGAAUUCAUAGUUAGAAUUAUCUUUGGACCUAUUCCGGGUGGCAAAGUGCGGUUGAGGAAUAUUUUGUUCCGGCACAAAAUAGAUGUAGUUGAAAUUUCACGGAAAGAAGACUUUCUUCUCACUCCCGGUGUUUUCGUGGAACCCACGAGUUUGGAUCAUCCUAAUUGGCAUAUAUAUUCUAUUGAUAAGGACUUAGUAACUUUUGUAUAUUUGAAGUCUCCAAUCGAAAAGUACACCAUUGCUCACUAUCCCUUCAUGUUCGUCCCAGUGCAUACUGACGCAAUACAAGUUGCCCAGAUAUGUCAUGAUGAUUUCAUUGAGCUCGCUAGAGCAUUGGAACAGAGACCUCAACCUAGAACAGUUCUUUUCACAAAUACUGCCAGGUGUGGCUCCACGUUACUGGCGAAGAUGCUAAAUCAUCCGGGUGAAUCGGUUUGCUAUGGCGAACCUCAUUGUCUCACUAAUUUAUCAAACAUGGACAAUGCUGCACUGUUUUCAGAAAAGAGAAUGAGAACAUUGCUGUCAGCAACAAUCACUUGUCUUCGAGCUCAUACUCCCAGCAAUCAAGUUUGCGUAUUGAAGACAACUUCUGGCGAGGCUCGACUUGCUAAGUAUUGUGAUGAUGUUACUAACCUCAAACAGAUUUUUAUGUUCCGUAAGAAUGGUUUGUUAUCCAAUGAGAGAAUGUUACGAAGAACCGAAGCUCUCUGCAUCUACUUCCUGCGUCUUCUUCAUAUCAAUCCACACCUCACUCGCUUCAUUGGUAAUUGGAUUUGCAUGGAGAGCGAUUUCUUAUUGAAGUGCCAAGUUAACACUAUCAAGGAAUUAGCGGCAGUUUAUUACGCUGCCCCCUUAACAUUUUAUAAAAAGAAUGCUGAUAAAUACUGUCACCCAAUUGUGUACUACCAUGACCUGAUGAGUAACACUACGGAAACCUUACAAAGCCUGUUUGCUGCGAUUGAUAUACCAGUAGAAUGUAUUGAAAAGGCUGUAGCAUGCAAAUCGGAAGAUUCUCAGAAAAAUUCAUUCUUAGCUGUGGACAAAAUAAAACACAUAAAGCUCGAAAAAUGUACUGAUGAAGAACGAUCUCGAUUGGAACAAAUCGCUGAAAUAAUGGGCAUCGACAAAUCCGUAUUAGAUGAAGCUUAA